UUUAAUGUUAAUAAUUAAUUAAUUAAUUAAUCAAUCUGUUAUAAUGCCCUCAAACGAGCAGGGUCAACUCCACCUAAUCGUUGGCACAAACGUGAUAAUGUCAUCGAUGGCCUCCGAGAACGUGCCGGUGAUAUACAUACCGGAAGAGUUGCGUCAAACGGAUCGCAUCCAACGGCUGGUCAAACGGUUUGAGGACAAGUUUGGCGACAAACCGGUAUUCCUGGUGCGAGUGCCGGGAAGGGUGAACAUCAUUGGCGAGCACAUAGACUACGUGGGCUAUUCGGUGCUACCCAUGGCGCUCAAACAGGACAUCGUGAUGGCUGUGUCCGUGAACAGCACCGGCCGUAUCGAGUUGACCAAUCUGGACCAGGAAAACUACCACGAUGAGUCUAUUGACCCCACGGGGCUGGAGUUUCCGCAACCGCCCCAAUGGUAUCACUAUUUCCAGUGCGGUUAUCGCGGUAUUGUCGAUAGGUUUUGCAACGGUCAGCCACCCCUGGGCCUCAAUGUGGCCGUUCACGGCACGAUACCGGCCGGCUCGGGCCUGUCCAGCUCGUCGGCCAUGGUUUGUGCCGCCGCUUUCGCCACAAUCAUCGCCUUUCACCAGAAGACCAAUAUGCUAUCGAUUCCCAUCAAUAAGCUAGAGAUCACACAACUGUGCAUAAAGUCCGAGCGCUAUAUCGGCACCGACUCGGGCGGUAUGGAUCAGGCGAUCGCUCUGUUGGCCGAAGAGGGCAGCGCUAAAUACAUUGAAUUCAUACCGGAGUUGACCGCCGUUAACGUGCGGCUCCCGGAAGGGGUGGACUUUUACGUAAGCCAUUGCGGGGUAUCCAUGAAUAAAGCGGCCACAGCUCACUAUAACACCCGCGUGGCUGAGACACGACUGGCCGCCGCUGUGAUCGCCAAACGGUUGAAUAUAUCGGGCUAUCGAUUGGGUGAUCAGCUCUGGGUUGUACAACAGGCCAGCGCUAUACCCCUCAGCCAAAUGGGCGACCGGUUGGCCGAGAUUUUUGAUCAGGAUAAACACUCGUACACCAGGACUGAGUUGGUGGCCAUUUUAGGUAUAGAGAACGACGAGAUGGAGCGUACAUUCCUGUCGCGGGUGUCGGAGCCGAUCCACGAGUUCCGGCUCUACCAGAGGGCCCGACACGCCUACGAAGAGGCCUUCCGAGUGCAAGAGUUCCGUCGGGUGUGCGAAACCACCGCCGAUAUCAACCGUUUGGGACAAUUGAUGAACGACUCGCACCAGUCGUGUCGCGAUCUGUACGAGUGCUCACACCCUAAGCUCGACCAACUGGUGACCAGUGCCCUGUCCUACGGGGCCAUUGGCUCCCGGCUUACCGGCGCCGGUUGGGGCGGUUGUAUCGUUAGUUUAGUGCCCAGUAAUAAGUCCCAGACGUUUGAGGCGCAGAUGAAUAAGUUGUCUAAGUUUAAUGUCCGCAGCGGCCCCUCCGGAGGCGGUCUUAUAUAUAAGUUGUUUUAA